GAACAGAUGAGGACACGAAGAGGCCGUGAGGGGGACGGGGCCGGUCCAGAGAUCGUCUAUUCGCCCUCAAAAUUGGAUGAAGAACGAGAUUUUGCCCGACCAACAAAGCCCAAAUGCCAGUCAAUCUGGCCAAAUGCAACGGAGUCCGUUUGGCUUCUCCACUUUGAAAGUGAGCAUGCGGAUGCCUCAGAGUUGGACUGA